ACAGCUGACCGGGAUCACAGGUGGUCUGUCCGGACGGGCUCCUGUCGUCGGACUUGUUGAUCGUCGGGGCGACGUGCGCAGCGGCGGAGCGGCGGAGCGGCGCGCACGGACAGUAGAUCCGGCUGAGGGGGCUUUUCUCUGCCCUGUCGGAGGCAGAGGAGGGGGGAAUGGAUGGGCUCAGACCCCGGCAAUAGGAAACCAAUAACUGCACCUCCCUUUAAAAAAGAGAAGAAAAAAAAAAGGAGCUAUUGCUUCUUCUCUGUUUGUGUCAGCGAAUUGCUUGUUCACAGGUCGGUACGCGCCGGUUCGAGUCGGUGCAGGAUGACAACAACUCAUCACGAUACAGUAAUGAAAGACGACAGGGCCGACAGUAGUCCAUAGCCCUGGAUGUUUGCCUGCUCCCACACCACAAAGUCAUCAUGGAGAAAUCUUUGGCAGAGUUGAAUAAAGCUGGCUCCCGCUCAAUGUCAUCCCUGCCACCUGAACCGGUGGACAUCAUUCGCAGCAAGACAUGUUUCCGCAGAGCCAGGCUGAAUGUCGGGGGUCUCCCGCAUGAAGUCUUGUGGCGAACACUAGAUAGGCUGCCACGGACACGGUUGGGGAAGUUAAGAGACUGCAACACCCAUGAGACUCUGAUGGAAGUGUGUGACGACUACAACCUUGAGGAGAACGAGUACUUUUUUGACCGACAUCCGGGGGCUUUCACGUCCAUUCUGAACUUCUACCGCACGGGCAAGCUGCACAUGAUGGAAGAAAUGUGCGCCCUUUCCUUCAGCCAAGAACUCGACUACUGGGGAAUCGAUGAGAUCUACCUGGAGUCGUGCUGCCAGGCGAGGUACCACCAGAAAAAGGAGCAAAUGAACGAGGAGCUCAAAAGGGAGGCAGACAAUUUAAAAGACAGAGAGGGAGAAGAAUUCGACAACACCUGCUGUGCGGAAAAACGGAAAAAACUUUGGGACCUCUUGGAAAAGCCCAGCUCGUCCGUCGCAGCAAAGAUCCUGGCCAUCAUAUCCAUCCUCUUCAUUGUGCUAUCAACCAUUGCCUUGUCUCUGAACACCCUUCCAGAGCUGCAGGACACAGAUGAGUUUGGCCAGUCCACAGACAACCCACAACUGGCUCAUGUGGAAGCUGUGUGUAUUGCCUGGUUUACCAUGGAGUACCUGCUUCGAUUCCUCUCCUCCCCCAACAAGUGGAAGUUCUUUAAGGGUCCUCUAAAUGUCAUUGACCUGCUGGCCAUCCUGCCAUACUAUGUCACCAUUUUCCUGACAGAAUCCAACAAGAGUGUUCUGCAAUUUCAAAAUGUCCGCCGUGUGGUUCAGAUUUUUCGGAUCAUGCGUAUCCUGCGUAUUCUGAAGCUGGCACGUCACUCCACAGGCCUUCAGUCUUUGGGCUUUACCCUGAGGAGAAGUUACAAUGAACUGGGCCUGCUUAUCCUCUUCCUGGCCAUGGGCAUCAUGAUCUUCUCUAGUCUGGUGUUUUUUGCUGAAAAGGACGAGGAGGAUACAAAGUUUAAAAGCAUUCCAGCUUCUUUCUGGUGGGCUACUAUUACUAUGACCACAGUAGGCUAUGGAGAUAUAUACCCCAAAACUCUACUGGGAAAGAUUGUGGGGGGGUUGUGCUGCAUAGCUGGAGUGCUGGUGAUUGCCCUGCCUAUUCCCAUCAUUGUAAAUAACUUCUCUGAAUUCUAUAAGGAGCAGAAGAGGCAGGAAAAAGCACUUAAACGAAGAGAGGCCCUUGAGAGAGCAAAGAGAAACGGCAGCAUUGUCUCAAUGAACUUGAAAGAGGCAUUUGCUCGUAGUGCUGAACUGAUGGAUGUGGUGGUAGAGAAAAGUGAGAGGCCUCAUGACAACAACCUCUCUCCAAGUCGUUGGAAAUGGAACCCUAAGAGGGCCACAUCAGAGACAAGCUCAAACCGUUCUUUCAACGCCCAGGAGUUAGGUUCUCCCAACAGGGACCGAGCAAGCAGUCCCCAGAGGCUAAAUGUUCAGAAGCUAGAGGAGAUGUACAACCAGAUGGCAAAGACACAGUCACAACCCAACCUCAAUGCCAAAGACAGAGGCACCAGAGUCAGCAAACAGAGGGAUGAGAUAGAGCUGGGGGCCAUUCAAGAUCACGGCCCACCAGUGCUGGAAACCAGACAGGGAGCAGGGGAUAUGAAAAGCUUGUCAAGCAUUGACAGCUACAUCAGUUGUGCAACAGACUUCCAGGAGAAUCCACGUUUCCUCCAUAGUCCAGCAAUGGACCUUGGUCUUCAAGAAAGUAAGCGACUCUCUCACAGUCCGGCUACAGCGUUGGCCCAGCAUGUCAGUGCAAAAACAGGCCAGCAAACUACUAGGGGGUUUGAGCCCAUGCUGACUCCUGUGUCUGUGACAAAGCCCUCAUACUCCGAGAAUGCAAGGAAAUUCUUCUUUUCUGGAAACUCUUCAAAAAGUCUUAUCCCUAAAGGAGGCUGCCGCAGUGAGGGGGGGUCAGGCAGAUCCCCACUCUCAGACACCUCAGUCCUGUCAGACAACUCUCUGUUGAGUCCUGAAGUUUCUAUCUACACCACUGCCAGCAGCAGGACCCCACCGAAGUCCCCAGAUAGCACUGCCCUGGCUCCAACUGUCUUCACCUUCCACGACUCCUCAAUCAGCAAGUAUAUUGACGCAGAUACAGAUGAUGAUGAGCACCUGCGCGACAUCUCUGACACAAGUCCCUCAGAAUGUCUGUUGGCAGGAUCAAGCCCGAAAUACAGCAUCAACAUGAACUACCAGAGAGGCACCAACCAUUUAGAAGCAGCCCAGAAAUUGCUGGGCCAGAAUUGCUUGUUCCCCCUUGAAGGGAUUCGUGGGGUAGCUCAUGAGAACCACAUAGGACAUGAAAAGGCACAUAGACCAAAGGUUGAGAGAGCGCGUCAAAAUACUUUGGAUAAAAGCCUCUGAAGUGGAGCAGAAACAAACCGUCCAGAGUGUUUGUGAUGAACACACCUGACCAGACUGACUUAAAACACUCCUCAAGAAACAAGGGCCACACUGAAACAUUUCACAAAUAACCUGAGCAUGCCAUUGGGCAAUAAGCUCCCAAAGGGAACAUGUGUGGUGAAUACUCUGGGAGAAACACAUUUCUAAAUUGGAGAAUGUCACUGCCCCUCCUUCAGCUCAUUCCUAUUAGCGGCAUUCCACACCCACUAAACAAAGGAGCACUCCCAGGUAGCCAACAGGUCUGUUCAGAGAUCCCUGUGGAGGCAGGGUAGUCAGAGGACUCCAGUUUUGUGGUUGAUACAGGUGUAAACCAUUUGAAUUAUGUGGUUUUAGCAGCAUGGGGUUGAUCUCUAUAAUCUCAAAAAACAAUCCCAGCUGCCCGCCGUCCCAUUACAGAGUCCCAGUUCAUUCUGUAGUCUUGGAGAUACAGAAGAGAACCUAGAAGACUAUAAGCUACUUUCUUGUGCCCUCCUUUCCCAAACCUGGCCUUAGUCAUUUACAUAUGUAGGGGUGUGUAUGUCUGCGUACGUGUGUGUGUGCCUGUAUGUGAGCGUGAAUGGGGUGAUGUAAUGGUAAUUCAUGUAUACACACUGAGACAUUGAGAUUGUCUUACCUGAUUUAUUUUUGUAUACGGUAGAUAAGAGAAAGUUCCUUAUUAAAAAUAUGUGAUUUGCCAGUCUGCUGUGUUAUAAUCAUGUGUGAAGAGUAAUCCUCUGUAAGGUUAAAUGUUUGCAUUUAUCAGAGGUCCAGUCCAUCAAUUAUUAUGAGCGCUCAUUCUUGAACAGUAUUUUGCUAUCCCCUAUGUCAUCAUAUAAUAGUGAGAUUGGAUGAUACUUUAAAAUCUCCGCAAGUGAAUAUUGUUCUUAGCAUCCCAGUAUAAUUUUUAAGGAUGAUAGGAUAAUUUUUGUAACUCCUUUAAAAGACUCGAGUGGAAUACAUCUUUUGUAAUCACAGUUUUCUCUUGGCUGAUGUUUACGAGCUGAACAGAGAAGAGCCUCACUGCCAACUAAACAGACAUUCAAAUAAAACACAGCAAAUUGUUCUUGGCCACUUCCUGACACAAAUACAAAACAGCUAAGGAUACUUUAAAAGAAGUAUUUGAAAUUAGCUCAGAACGCCAACAGACAGUGUGAUUUUCGUGCGCCUCAUCACAAAUCCUGAUUUCAUUUCCUGUAUUAAUCAGAGUUGAACCAUUUCAUAUUGCUCUCUCUAGUGAGAGGAGCUGAGGUGUGGAAGGAAUAGCAAUGACUGUGAGAGGCAGAGGGAACCGUGUGUGUGUGUGUGUGUGUGUGUGUGUGUGUGUGUGUGCGUGCGUGUCUGUGGGGCUGUCGUAAAGCUUGGGCAUUAGAGCAGUGUGGCUGCCACUUAAUGGAAAAGAAUGAAGUGUUUCCGAUGUGAAUGCAUGCAUGUCGGGGGAAUGCUAUCUUUGCUACCAUAUUCUAUGUGCAGUUCUGUCUGUAACAUGCAGCAGCAACAGAUUUUAGAACUGUAAUCAUAUGAAAAAUUAAGAUUAAUUUGGCACACAUUCAAUGUUUAAUUUACAGCUGUGAAUUGAGGUAUGGGAGGUGCUAUUUUGAAACUUAUUUACCAACUUAAUACAUUUUCAAAUAAUAAGGCAAUGGUGAAUGGUUUGAGUUGGUGUAAAUCGGUCAUUCACAGCCAAGUAUACAAAAAAGAAGAAAAUAUUAUCCUCAAACGGAUUUUAAAGCAUAAACUUUGCCACAAUCUGUAAAGAGGUGUCCCAAAUUAAUUUAUAUGAUUUUAAAGAGAGGAAAAAAUCGAUUGUAUAACAAUUAAUAUUUACAAUGUUCCACGUGUCUAUGAAAAUAUUAAAAUUUAAUAAUUUUCAAGUCUCCCCCAUAAAACUUGUUGUUAAUGGCUUCUCCUUAAAGGUAUUUUCGAAUAGAAAUGUACUUUCCCCAAUAAAAAUAUAAACCACAUAUUCAAACAUUUCAUAUCAUUAUAAGGUUUGAGUGGCAUGCAUCCAUUUCCACAAUGGAAACACACACAACAAACAUGCAAGCUUGAUCCAUUAGUUUAUUUUGUUUUGGUGAAGACGACGUUGGUCUUGAGCAGAGAAAGUUUCUGAUUAACUUUGUAAUAUUUCAUUAUUGCACAUUAUAUUUAGCUUGUUAAAAAGUCCAGGCCAAUGUAUGCCAGACAUUUCAACACCUUUAUCCUGUUACACCUAAACGAUUGAGACAAUUUCAGGAUGUUUAUAGUACUAAAGUUGUGAGGAAAGAUUUUAGUCAGACGUGUCCCUCUGAGUGCAUUCAAAACUCUAAUGUAAAGGGCAUUCAGAGCUCACAUCCCGUCCUGAAGCAUCGUGUGAGCCUCUGUCCCAUAGGUUUUCUAUAUAAUGGUAGUCAGGGACCAUUUUUCAAUUAACUAUUUCUCAAAAAUGAUGACAAUCAAUAGUUCAUGAAAAGGCAGCAAGCACCAGUGUAAAGAACUGAUACCAUUUAUGGGGCAAAUGUGCAUCCGUGUGCAUGCACACACAAGUAUGGGAAUCCUGACACUAGCACUGAUACUCCUAAGCUUUUAGACAAGGUAGUAUGAAGAAUCAUCAAGCAUGAUGUUGUAAUUUGAUACCAGACUUUGAUAUCAUGACAUGAUACCACCACAAUACAAACAAAGCAAUUCUUUGUUUUUUCGAUUCAUCCAAUUUUUUUUUUAAUUAUAUUUGGGCACUGAACUCUCCUCCAUUUCCAAGGAAGACAUUCAAAUUCAUGAAAUCCAAUUGAAUACAACAGCAUUUAACUGUAGCACUCAGAACCCUGUGGAGAAAUUCUGACAUGAAGCAAAGGACUAAACCCUCAUUUGGGUUAUCCGUUUAUUUCUCAUUUAUUGAAACAAAUGAAGAGCACAGAUUCAUAAAGUUUUCCAUUACAAGACUCCCAAUUGUAUAGUCAAUGCAUUUAGCUGAAAUCUAAAAUAGAACUGGGUUGUUGCGCUAGCUGCUUUAACUGUAAAGAGUUUCAAGUCUUUUAUCAUUUUUGUUAGAACCCCAUAGGGCCCUUUCAGGGACAUGUGGUAGUUUCUAAAAACCCAGUGAGAACCACUGCUUUAGCAAGUAGCCUAAUGCCACACACUCCGAAUCUAACACUGUAUUACAGGGUUGGGGUCGAUUCAAGAUGCCUUGAUUAUGUAAAAAACACAUCACACACGACACUAUAAGAGGAACCAGUAUUAGAGCAUGAGACAAAUAAAACCUAGUACUAGUUAAAAACAUAAACUAUAUUUUUUCUACAUUUUAAGCUCUCAGUGGAAUUGACCCCAACCUUGCCUAAGCCAUCAGUCUUUGUAAAGUACACUGUUUCCAGGGAAAUGAAAAAAAGAAAAUAAAAGAUAUUUGAAUGACCAUAGCCAGCUCUUAUACAAUGUUGUUUGUAGGUCCCGAGGCUGUCUGUUUUGUAAAAGAAGAAAACAUUUUUACCUGUUGACUUUCUAUGCUGUUGUUUCUGUAUAAAUGUUCGAUUGUUCAGUGCAUGUUGUAAUGUUGGCGUUGUGACUGGUUGUGAUGCACACAGAGCCAGAGCCUUGUCAUGUUAAAAACAAAAAAAAAAAGUGUCUCAAUGUCCCAAGAUAUUUCUAUUUCUUCAGAAGAGCAACAUUUCCCUUUGAUGACUCAAAAUGAAAAUAAAUCAGAUCACUUUACAUUUUGA